ACCUAAGGAUCCAUGCUUUGUGCCUUCUCUUGAGGCCUGGGAUCAGGUACAACAGCGUCUGUUACUACCUCUUGAAGGGUGAGAGGACUUGGGACGAGGCUCAGAAUCGGUGCUCCAAGCUCGGGGCCUCCCUGGCCAUGCUCAGUGACAAGGAAAUGGACCACCUCCUCUCUCCCUCUCAGGACCACGUCUUCCGCCUCAAUGGCAACCUGGAUUACUGGCUCGGGCUGCGGAGACGGGGCGAGAGGUUUCAGUGGGUGGACGGCAGCAGCUACAACUCCUCGCUGGAGGUCCUUGGCAAUUCAGAGUGUGUGUACCUGGCGGACCAUAAACUCAGGAGUGAGGACUGUUCAAAGCAGCUGCCGUAUCUCUGCAGCAAACCCCAACCUCACCUGUACUAGAAGUGAGGGAGAAAGGACCUUCUCCAUCCUGAGGACUCACAACUUUCCUUCUUCCACUAUCACAGAGAUGUCCUUCUGCGGGUGAUUGUUUACUUUGUGACACAUCUCAGCACAACCUCAGGAACCUUGGUGCCUUUUGUCAUUGUCACCUCAGUAGCUGGUCUCAAGGAAGUGAACCUGCAGGGACAUGAUGUGGAAGUGGACAUGUGCCUUCGUGGAC